UUCCCGCCGCUUAGCUCCCACAAUAGCGCACAUAACCCGGCUAUAUUUAAGAGCAGGUGUUGAACACUCACGCCCCGCACUGUGCUUCAUCAGUCUGAUGUUUUCAAGGCGACAGAGCAGGUAACACCUAAAUAUAAAACCCCCCUGUUAGUGGAGAGCGACCGGGCAGCGCGAGCCACUCCGCACCCACAGAUUUCACACAUUUCCAUGCUCACCUGACCUGCUUCGCUGUGACUAAAAGGUUCUCCAGUUACACCAGCAAUUAUUUGAAUUCAUUAAUUGGAAGAUUAUCAAAUUAACACCGUCUCGAUACUCUUUAUUAUUAGAACCAAUUUCCAGGAAAGUUCCUGGCAAACGAUUUGGAAUAAAUUGCAGAACUGCUGAAUGAAGGUUUGAAUGUUUGUUGUUGUUGACACUGCGUCAAAAGAUUUGUUGAUCCAGUUUUAAGGCAAUAAGGAGUUGGGUUGUUGUGUUUCUGGUAUAUCGUCCUUUUCUAGAAAAUAUGUGUAUGUAUAUAUUUUAAUUAAAACUGGUUUUGCACAUAAUUCUUAAUUUGUAGACAAACAACGUGAAAGGAAGAAACAAAAUGUAAAUUUUCAGCUUGUUCUGCUGCCAGAAAAAUCACUUUAUGUCACUUUGGGUGAUUUCUAGUUAACAUGCUAACUUAUAUGAAUGUAAAACCAUCAGUUUGGUCCUUGAAAAGCUGUUUAUGGAUCACUGUUCCUCGUGCGUCUCCUGCUUGCAGAGUGAUGAACACGUAUGAAGAAUAUGGUGAAGAGGAGCUCAGUGACUACAUCAUCCAGCUCAACAUUCAAGACUCCUGCCAAGAUGCCUUUCUCAAAUCUGCAGCAAGUUUAGAAGCAGCGACGGAUGAAAACCUGAGAGUCCUGGCUGCCAUCGAGCAAGGUGAGGUGUUGAUGCUCAAAGGGAUGCUGAGGCACACCUUCGCCUUCAAGGAGACAGACAGUCGCGGCUGGCUCCCCCUCCAUCGAGCUGCGUCCCAGCCGGUCCUGGAGGUUCUGCAGACUGUGUUGAGAUUGGCAGCUCAGGGGCUCAGCCUGGAGGAGAGGACGGCCGUGGAAGGAGAGACGGCGCUGACGCUGGCAGCGAAAGCCGGGCUGGUGCAGAAUGUGAGGAGCCUGCUGGAGCACGGAGCCUCGCCUCACAACACCAACAGCAAGAACGAGUCGCCGCUGCUGCUCGCGGUGAAGGCCGGCUCUUUCGAGAUGACUCACACGCUGGUCGCUCACGACGCCUGGGUGGAGCAGGUUUGCCGGAAGAGGUGGACGGCGAUGCACGAGGCGGCCAAGGGCGGCGACGUGGACAUGCUGAUGCUGCUGCUGAGGAACGGCGGCCGGGUGAACCAGAAGGACAUGUCGGGGGGGACGCCGCUCACCGUGGCUGCAGAGCACGGGCACUACCACAUCAUUGAGAUUCUGCUGAACUGUGGUAGCAAAGUGAACUCUCAGGCCUGUAAUGGGGAAAGUGUCCUGUUGGACGCCACAGGAUCAGGAAACAUCGCCUGCAUUCAGCUGCUGCUGGACAACAGAGCCGACCCCAACCUGCCCAGCACCAACGGACACCUGCCCAUCCACAAGGCAGCGUACGCCGGACACUACAAUGCUCUGAAGAUGCUGUUACCUCUGACCACCAAGAAGGCCAUCAAAGAGGCGGGUCAGAGCCCGGUCCACUCCGCGGCGGAGGGAGGCCAGAGCCGCUGCCUGAAGCUCCUGUUGGCCCGCGGCUUCGACGUCAACUACCGCAUGGACUCCAGAAGCUCAGAGAACUACCGGGACAUGAGGAGGAGCGCCUUGUACUUCGCCGUCUCCAAUGGGGACUUGGACUGCACCAAAAUCCUGCUGGCGGCCGGGGCGAAGACAGACCUGGACCCGCUGUGCUGCCUCCUGGUGGCGGUCCGGUCGGGCCGCUACGAGAUCGUGAAGCUGCUGCUGGCGAACAAAGCGGACGUGAACUGUUACUUCACGGUGGUGAACGACACGGUGUUUCCCACGGCACUGCAGUACUGCCUGAAGGACGAGGCGAUGACGAGGCUGCUGCUCAACAACGGCUACAAGGUGGAGAGGUGCUUUCACUGUCACCAUGGCGACGCUUUCGAUGCUGCGAAUGAGGCGAAGAUUCCAUUCUGUGAGUUCAUGAGCCUCUGCUGCGUCAUGCAUCUGUCCGGGAGCGUGGUCCGGACUCUGCUGGACUACGUCAGCCACGUCCACAUCUGCUCCAAACUCAGACUCCUGCUGGAGAAACAGAGAGAGUGGCCUGAGAUAUGUGACAUCCUCAACAGCCCUCGCUCCCUCAGGCACCUCUGCAGACUGGAGAUCAGGAGGCGUCUGACCCUGAAGAGACUCAACAAACCUGAGAUCAUGAACUCUCAUGUUUUUCCUCCCCGACUGAAGAGCUUCAUCCUGUACCAGGAGCUUGACCUCUACAGCCAGGACCCUGAACGCAUCACGUGGACAUAAUGUAGAUGAUGUCUCCUGCUUGUUUUUGAAAGGAUGUAACUAUUUUUUAAUCUUUGUACGCUCUGCUUUUGAUAAUCACUUUAUUUGUAUAAACUGUAUUGUUCCUUCACCAGGGAGGUUAUGUUUUCUGUGCGGUUUAUUUGUCUGCCCGUCAGCAGGAUUACAGAGAAUUGCUUCCAGAUUUUCAUGAAAGUUGGGUGAAGAACCCAUUACAACUCAGAGCAAAUCCGAAUCAUGGGGUGGAUACACUCAUUAUUCACUCAUGGAAACUGCCUUGAUGGAAGUCUGUGCUCUCCAAAGGCCCUUGUAGGUAUUUUAAUAGUUGUUUUUUACUGCAAGUGAAAUGCACUUUCUAUAUUAUAUAUCUGUUUUUGAGCCGUUAAAGGCCUUCGGGUUGUGUUAUUGAUCCGUCUGCAAGAUAUCUCUCCUUCUCUCUACUUGACAGACUUUAAUGACUUUUACAAUUAAAUAAUUUUGGCUACACACACAUUUGUUUCUGUUAGCACAUGAUGAAAGGAGAGGAAGACUAAUGAGAGAAUAAUUUCCAAGAUGUUUGUGCUCUGAUUGUGUGGAAGGAACAAAGUCUGAGAUGAGAAUAAAAACAAGCUGGUGUGAGAUGGGGGUAGAAAACUGUUCCCUGAAACUCUGCAGGUGACACGUCGGCUGUGUUGAUCACCUGUGAGGUUCAGGAGGUUAAUAUGAAAUGCUUGUGCGAAA